UUAAGAAGCAAUCUACCAAAAAAUAGUAAAAUUGAUAAUGCUAUCGCGUAUAUUGGCAAUACUUCGAUCCACUGAGUGCGCAAAAUGUAUUGGAUGGUUGAAGUUUAUCAGCAGCAUAGUCAUUACGUUUUUUUUAGUGCUUGUCUUAAUAUUUUUCUCAUCAAUAGCGGAAACCAUUAAAAAGAACAUAAACUCUUCCUCAAAUACAAAGUUUUAUAUGCUUCUUGCGUUAUUUAUGAUCUUUCUCAUCGCUUAUGCUGCAUGCUCAUUUGUGUUAAUCAUUGGAACGAUUAAUCAUGAUCGACUUAAAGUUUCAAUCUUUGUAGUUGCCGACGUGAUUUUCACUGUUGUAUUGAUUUAUGGAUUUAUAAAGCUAUUUCCGAGUACAUUUUUCAUAAUUCUGCUACUUCUACAGCUCAUAUCUCUUUAUUCAGUCAUUGAGCUGCUACGGUCAUUAUUCCAAGAAUACAACAGACGGAAGGAGAUUGAAAACGAACGGAAGCGAGUAGAACAAGCCAAAGAAUCAUUCCAAAAUGAGAUAAAACAGUAUCAAGCUCGAAUACAGAUUGAAGAUGAGCAGCAAGAGACCAGAAAUGGAGAGUAAAACGCUUAAUUAUACACCAAUUAACUCACUUAAUUUCGUAAUUUUUAAAGAAAGUUAUACUUUUGAUCUCUUGGUGCUACACAUUACUUCCUCAAUUUCUAAUUACUAUGACCUGAAUAGCUUAUUAUUUACCAAAAAUGGAUAUGAGAUCCAGUGCUGCAUACAAUUUUAUGCAAUAUUAAUGAAUUAUUUGGAAGUGAUAAGUACAUUCUUUGAUAAUUCAUUGGAUGUAAUCCAUAAUCCAGAGAAAAAAUAAUAUUUUUGAUAUAAAUCUACAAUAGAAUCGAAUUUCAAGAAUUCUUUGAGUCACGUUUUCAUCUAUUUGGUUUAUUCAGCAAUUAAUUGAACUCUAUUAAUUCUCAGAAAUGUGUCAUGAAUCUAGCAAAAAAUUAAUUUGUCAUCUAAAUAGGAAUCUCAUGUCUUAAAACAAAAUUCUUAUUCCAAUGAAUAUCCCCCACAUGCCAAUAAGAUAGUCAAUCAAACAUCCAGAAUAGAACAAACUUAGAUAAUUAAAGAAUUUAUAAAUGUAUUAAACGAAUCGAAUAAUAAACAAACGACUUUGAUAAUUUUAA